GUUAAUUAUGACAGCUUGAGUUUUCUCUUAAAAUAAAAAUAAAAAAAUAACAAUAAUAAUAAUAUUAAAACAAAACAUUCAUCACAUCCUUGAGAGCUUUCGAUAUGGAGAAAAAGCUCUCACGACAGGAUACGAAAAGCUCUCGAUAUUUUGAGCAAUGAUAGCAAAGUGAGAACAGUCUGGCGCAGUAAUGGCCCACGUGACAUUUUGCUCUUCGAAUUCUAACAAAAAACAAAAAUAAAAUAAAAUCAACACACAACAUAAAGUUAAAAAGGAAGAAACCUGGAGCCAGCUCGAAUAAAAUUCGGUCCACGAGAUACCUAAUUGCCCAUAACUAAAAAUUGGUUCAUAGAAGCUUUUGGGGGCAAAAGGCAUUUUGUCUUCAGUUAAAUAUUUGCGUUUUAUGCGUUAGCACGUCGCGACGGAUUGCUUUUGAAUUGUUGUGUCGGGUUAAUAUUCAAUUGAAUAUUCGUCCUUGUGAUAUGUUAUCGAGUUGGGAAAUUUCCAUUUCAUUUGAUGUUGUUGGAAUUUUGUAAAGAAUAAGAAAAAUAAAAUAACUUACCAUUUUUAAGGAUAACGAUAUUUUUCAAAACAAACAAGAAAAAAAAAAGAUGUGAAGUGUCAACAACAACAAAAAAAAAAGAAUACAAAUAUUCUACAAAAUGUUAAUGAAGAUAAUCAAAGUGUUCCAACUAAUGUGUAUCCCACUUCUGAAUAUUUUCCUUUGACUGAUUUAUAACCAUUCUACUUACUUUUACUAAAUAGAAACAGGACUAGCACAAGGAUUAAUAUAUUAUCAACACAAAAUUCAUAGUUCUUUCUCUAUGUCAACUCAAAAACUUACCAGGAAGUAAAAGUUCAAUAUGCCAACUUCCAGGAUCUACCUUACAUUAUUAACAGCUGUCAUUUUGGGAACAGAUCCAACAAUAAGUGAGGCAGAAUUUUUUGAAACAUUUACAACCAUUGUAAGCAGCAGUAGUAGUGGUGGUAGUAGUAGCAGUAGCAGUAGCAGCAGCAUCAGCAUCAGUAGUAACACCGAAUUAUCAAGUAAUUUACCAUCAACGAUAGCAACACAAACACGAAUAGCAGCAGCUGGAACAACAACAACGACGAUACCUCCACUUUCACAGAUAUUAGCUCCAGAAGCUUUACACAUGAAUCAAGAUGAAUUGUAUCUUGAAUCAUCGUAUGCAAAUAAUCCACCGAAAAAUUUUACAGUACAAGAGACGAAUGUAACAGUACAAAUUGGAAGUCAUGCAUAUUUACCAUGUCAUAUCCGCCGCCUGCUAAACAAGCCCGUUUCUUGGGUUCGAGUCCGUGAUGAUCAUAUUCUGACAGUAGACCAAACAACAUUUAUUGCCGACCAACGCUUCCAAUCGAUAUUCAAGGGUGAGCACGAAUUUACAUGGUCCCUACAAAUUAAAUAUGUCGGUGAAAAUGACAUGGGCUGGUACGAGUGUCAAGUCUCUACAGAGCCCAAAAUGAGUGCGAGAGUUUAUCUAAAAGUUGUCGUUCCAAGAACAGAACUUAUUGGAGAUCAUAAUCGUUUCGUCAAAGCCGGAAGUAAAGUUGCUCUACAUUGUAUAGUCAGAGGCUCUCUGGAACCACCAUCGUAUAUUAUUUGGUUCCAAGGAACAAAACAAAUUAUGAAUGACAACAAACAAGGUUGGUUCAUGCAGAUAGACCGAAAUAUCUUUGGAAAUCAUACGGAUCAACAGAAUACGGUAAGGAUAGGAUCAUUGAUAAUACCGUAUGUUAAGAAAAAGGACUCAGGGAAUUACACUUGCAGUCCAUCGAAUAGUGCUCCGGUUACUGUUGAUCUGCAUGUCCUAAGUGGUGAAUACUCAGCAUCAGCGAUAAUGUCUUCAGCUGUAAUUAACAGGCACAAUUUUUAUUAUCUUCUAAUAAUAUUAAUCGUAUUGGCUUGCCAAAAAACGUGACUAGCUUAUCGAAUGUAUUCCAGUUGGAAGAAUUAGACUAAUUUGUAAAUAUAUAAAAAAAUAAAAACAAACAAACAUAAAAUUAAAUUAUAAUAAAUUUAAAUUAAUUUUUUUUAUGAAAUUUAAAGAAAAAAAUAACGAAGAAAAAAUUGAAACAAAAAGUUGUGACAGUAAUAAAAAAAAAAACGAUAAAUACAUAAACAUUAAACGUAAAAUCAAAAUUAAACAAAUUAUAUUACUUACAAUAAAAAAAAAAGAGAUAGUAGAUACUUCCAAAAAUAAAAACCAAACGAAAAGAAAAAUGAAACGAUUAAGGAAAUUACAAAUUUUAAAAGAAAAAACAUUGUGUAAAUAGUUAACAUUGUAAAAUAAAUAUUAAAUUAAAUUAAAAUUAUUAUUAUUAUUAUAAAUAAAACAAAAAAAAAACGAUAAAACCAAAAAUACAAAAGAGAAUUCAAUUAAAUGAACAUUUUAUGACAACUUGAGUUGAUACUUAUUUGAGUGUGCGUUAGUUUGUUUCCCUUGGGUCCUGGACGAUAUUGUCAGUUAUUAAAAUGUUGAUAGUAGGCCUUAAAAU